GUUGCGCUUGUCGUGUAUAGUCUCAUCUCAACUAUCUCAACAAGACGCCGCCAUGCAGCAGCGGCAAAGGACCUCGGAUGCGAACCAGCACCUAUUGAAAAUUGGCCGGAUCCAUUCGCGCUCGUGAAUUUGGGGAGAACCAUGUGGGCCCUCAGCAGCAAUCGAAUUCUGGAAUACAUGCAGGGCACUUUCAACGACACAUCUGCGAAACGUACCGUCUAUACCUAUGAAACGAAGAUUCUGGGUGACAAAGUUUUCUUCACGUGCGACCCGAAGAACAUCCAAGCCAUGCUGGCAACACAAUUCAAGGAUUUUGAGCUGGGACAAGUGCGAAGGGGAUCGUUCGCUCCCUUACUUGGUCAUGGUAUCUUUUCAGCGGACGGAGAGCAAUGGGAGCGCGCUCGGGCUCUUCUAAGACCGCAGUUCUCGCGCGAUCAAGUUAGCGACCUAGAACUGGAGGAGCGCCAUGUUCAGAAUUUGCUUCGGGCCCUCCCUACUGAAUGCGGUGCCUGGUCGGAAGUCGUCGAUCUUCAGCCGCUGUUCUUUCGGCUCACGAUGGAUUCCGCCAGCGAAUUUCUAUUCGGACAGAGCACCAACAUUCAGCUGUCCGCGCUGUCCAAAGAAGCCUCAUCCCAAAACGCUGAAGACACUGAAUUUGUUCGGAGCUUCGAGGCUUGCCAGGAAAGGAUAAUGAUGGCCAUGCUACUUAACGAACACUAUGCACUCCUUGAGACGAAAGGCUUCAUGGACAAAUGCCGGCUCUGCCACCGAUACAUUGACCAGUUUGUUCACAAAGCUUUGAAUCGCCGCAAGGACCGGCAACAAGACCAACAAAUUAAGAAGGAAAAGUACGUUUUUGCUGACAGUCUCGCAAACGAGACCAAUGAUCCCAUCGAAAUCCGCAGUCAACUACUUUCCAUCCUCGUGGCUGGUCGAGAUACUACGGCUGCCCUGCUCAGCUUUUUCUUUCUCAUGUUGGCGCAGCAUCCCGUUGUCUUCAACAAGCUUCGUACAAUCAUUAUCGAGGACUUUGGCACGUUUGAAUCUCCUAGGGAUAUAUCUUUUGAGAGGCUGAAGGCAUGUUCAUACCUGCAAUGGUGUAUCAAUGAAACCCUACGACUGUUCCCCAGCGUACCCUGGAAUUCGCGACGUAGCACCCGCGACACCAGUCUCCCCAGCGGGGGUGGCGAAGACGGUCACUCGCCCAUUUUUGUGCCCAAGGGAACAGAAGUGGUGUACAUUGUCUGGCUGAUGCAAAGGCAGCCUGAAUUCUGGGGACCGGACGCAGACGCAUUCAGGCCCGAGCGGUGGCAAAACCGCAAACACGGAUUUGAGUACCUACCGUUCAACGGUGGCCCACGCAUUUGCCUCGGACAGCAGAACGCUUUGACAAAGACUAGCUACGCAGUCGUCCGCCUGUUGCAACGAUUUGACAAGCUGGACAGACCAUCUGCAAAAUUAGAGCCAAUCAAGUGGAGCGUUUCUCUCACUGGUAGGCCUAAGGAUGGUGUCAGAGUUCGAUUACACACUGCA